GGACUUUUUCCUGAGGGAGGAGUUGUAGAACACUCCUUAUUUGGAGAGCCUGGUCACAUGGGGGCAGAAUCUACGCGAUAGAGAUGAGAGAGACAUAACAGGAGAGAACACAUCGAACCGUGUCUAGAGAUGUUGAGCGGGACGAGAGAAGUUGACUUUCUCAGGCUAGAGUCAAUGCAGUGAGGGGCUAAAAUGCCCACCAACUUCACUGUGGUCCCCGUGGAGGAUGGCGAGGCCGGGAAGUCAAGUCUCGAACGUGUGUUUAGGGAGGAAGAUAUUACUCCACGACGACCCUACUCAGGAGAUAACACUCCCAGAGAGAGCAGCCCUUUCAUCAACAACACUGACCACGACCAAGAAAACUACUACGAUGGCAAGAACAUGGCUCUCUUUGAGGAAGAGAUUGAGAGCAACCCCAUGGUGUCCUCUCUCCUCAACAAGCUGGCCAACUACACCAACCUCACCCAGGGCGUCACUGAGCACGAGGAGUACGAGAAUGAGGAGGGGGUCACAAAGAUUACAGUCAAGCGUUCUCAGAUGGGCACCUUCAUCGGUGUGUACCUGCCCUGCAUGCAGAACAUCCUGGGAGUCAUCCUCUUCCUGCGUCUCACCUGGAUCGUUGGCACCGCUGGCAUCAUGGAGUCCUUCGCUAUUGUCGUCAUGUGCUGCACCUGUACCAUGCUGACAGCGAUAUCAAUGAGCGCUAUUGCAACAAAUGGUGUAGUGCCAGCUGGAGGCUCCUACUACAUGAUCUCCAGGUCUUUGGGUCCAGAGUUUGGUGGGGCUGUGGGCUUGUGCUUCUACCUGGGCACCACGUUCGCUGGGUCCAUGUACAUUCUGGGUACCAUUGAAAUCCUACUGACGUACAUCGUGCCUAACACUGCAGUGUUUGUGGCGGAGAAGAAGGAGGACGAGACGGAGGCCAUGCUGAAUAACAUGCGUGUGUAUGGGACCUGCUGUCUGGCACUUAUGGCUCUAGUGGUGUUUGUGGGGGUCAAAUAUGUCAACAAGCUGGCCCUGGUCUUCCUGGCCUGUGUGGUGCUCUCCAUCAUGGCCAUCUACGCUGGAGUCAUCAAGACCAUCAUAGAACCACCAGACUAUCCAAUCUGUCUCCUGGGGAACCGUUCCUUGCAGAACCACAACUUUGAGAAGUGUAUGAAGACGGAGGUGAUCAAGAACGUGACGUACACCACCGAGCUGUGGAAGCUGUUCUGUGGCAGCCCCCACCUCAACGCUACCUGUGAUGAAUAUUUUACCCUGAACAACGUGACUGAGAUCCAGGGCAUCCCAGGCCUGCUCAGCGGGGUCAUCAAAGACAACAUGUGGGGUGACUACGGGCCCAGUGGGAUGUUGGUUGAGAAGAAGAAUCAGUCGUCUGUCCCAGUCCAGGAUAACUCCAGAGAUAUCUACAAGCCUUACAUCUUCAAUGACAUCUCCACCUUCUUCACUCUGCUGGUGGGAAUCUACUUCCCCUCUGUCACAGGAAUCAUGGCGGGCUCCAACAGAUCUGGAGACCUGAGAGAUGCCCAGAGAUCGAUUCCCAUCGGUACCAUUCUGGCCAUAGCAACCACUUCUUUUAUUUACAUGACCUGUGUUGUCCUAUUUGGUGCCUGUAUCGAGGGUGUCGUUUUGAGAGACAAAUUUGGGGACUCGGUUAAGAAGAACUUGGUGAUUGGAACUCUGGCAUGGCCUUCUCCGUGGGUAAUCGUGAUUGGCUCCUUCUUCUCCUGCUGUGGGGCAGGGCUGCAGAGCCUCACUGGUGCCCCUCGCCUGUUGCAGGCCAUAGCACGCGAUGGGAUCGUACCCUUUCUGCAGGUGUUUGGUCAUGGUAAAGCCAAUGGGGAACCUACCUGGGCCCUCUUGAUGACUGUUGGUAUCUGUGAGAUUGGAAUCCUCAUUGCAUCACUGGAUGCUGUUGCCCCCAUUCUCUCAAUGUUUUUCCUGAUGUGUUACCUGUUUGUCAACCUAGCCUGUGCCGUCCAGACACUGCUACGCACUCCCAACUGGAGGCCCAGGUUUAAGUUUUACCACUGGACUCUGUCAUUCUUGGGGAUGAGUCUCUGUCUCUCCCUCAUGUUCAUCUCCUCCUGGUACUAUGCCCUGGUAGCCAUGUCCAUCGCAGGAUGCAUCUAUAAGUACAUUGAGUACAGAGGGGCAGAGAAGGAGUGGGGAGACGGGAUCAGAGGUCUGUCCCUGAACGCUGCUCGCUACGCUCUGAUCCGCCUGGAGGAGGUGCCAACACACACUAAGAACUGGAGGCCUCAGCUACUGGUGCUACUGAAGUUGGAUUCAGACCUGGGGGUGAAACACCCUCGUCUGCUGUCCUUCACCACCCAGCUGAAGGCAGGGAAAGGCCUGACCAUCGUCAGCUCUGUGCUGGAGGGCACCUACAUGACCCUGGGAGCCGAGGCCAAGAGCGCAGAGCAGAACGUCAAGUCGGUCAUGCACGCGGAGCGUACCAAAGGUUUCUGCCACGUGGUGGUGUCCUCUAACCUGCGGGAUGGUUUCUCCCACCUGAUCCAGUCGGCAGGGCUGGGGGGCAUGAAACACAACGCCGUUCUCAUGGCCUGGCCUGGGGGCUGGAAACAGGCUGAGGACUCCUACCCCUGGAAGAACUUCAUUGAGACAGUGAGAGAGACUACGUCAGCCCAUCAGGCCCUGCUGGUUGCUAAGAACAUUGACAAGUUCCCCUGCAACCAGGACCGUCUGGGGGAGGGCACCAUAGACGUGUGGUGGAUUGUUCAUGAUGGAGGUCUUCUCAUGCUGCUGCCUUUCUUACUGCGCCAACACAAGGUGUGGAGGAAGUGUAAGAUGCGUAUCUUCACAGUGGCUCAGAUGGAUGACAACAGUAUUCAGAUGAAGAAGGACCUGCAGAUGUUCCUGUAUCACCUCCGUCUCAACGCUGUAGUGGAGGUGGUGGAGAUGCACGAUAGUGACAUUGCAGCCUUCACCUAUGAGAAGACCCUGGUGAUGGAGCAGCGCUCUCAGAUGCUGAAACAGAUGCAGCUGUCCAGAACCGAGCGAGAGAGAGAGAUUCAGAGCAUCACAGACGACUCGCGUAACUCCAUCGAGAAGAGGAAGUCAUCCGUGGUGGAGACACUACAGGCCUCAAACACACUACAGGUCCCAAGCCUGUCCAAAUCCAUGGACAUACAGGAGGAUGAGGAGGCUCAGCUGAUCACUAAACUGGGCACUAAGUCCCACGCCAACCUCAGUGACACAGCUACCGCUACGCCCGACCACCAUGUCCACAUGACCUGGACCAAAGACAAGCUGAUCGCCGAGAAGAACCGUAAACGUGGCGAGCCGAACGUGGGCGUGAAGGACCUCUUCAAUAUGAAACCUGAGUGGGAGAGUCUGAACCAGUCUAACGUGAGGAGGAUGCACACCGCGGUCAAGUUGAAUGAGGUUGUGGUCAACAAAUCCCAGGGAGCUCAGCUGGUGCUGCUGAACAUGCCUGGACCGCCCAAAAACAAGGGUGGUGACGAGAAUUACAUGGAGUUUCUGGAGGUUCUUAUGGAUGGACUGGACCGUGUGCUGCUGGUACGUGGCGGAGGCAGGGAGGUGAUAACAAUCUAUUCCUAACGCCAACAGACAUGGGCGGGUAUGGUGCAGCCUCAGAGAAUCCGGCGGGGUCAUCCGGACAAAUGGCUGGGCCUCAGCCUCCACCACAGUGCCAGGAGAGGAGUGGGUCGCCCCUAUACUGUAGUAUAGGAGGACAGUAGGGGGCUGCCUCCACACGCGGAGCAGACUAAGCACACACUGCUGCUGACUGGAGGACAACAGAGGGCACUCUGGAUAAUCUUUCCAUUUCUUAUUGUCUUCCGUUCAGGUUUUCCAUGUCAGUCGUUAGGAAUAGGAAUUCUUUCAGUAGAACAAAGUGCAUAAGUAAUGAUAUUAGGAUGGAUAGAGAUGUCCUCGGAUGACAUGGCUCAGGACUCUAAUGUAGUAUGGUCUAGCCUCGCUGACAUAGGAUGUAGCUUGUAAGUCCAGAUGGUAGAUGGGUGUUUAAAUCCCAGGUUAGGCAGCCUACUGUGGUUGUGCCCUUGAGUGAGCCACUUGCCCUGUAGUGCACUACUUUUGACGAGAGCUCUUAUGGGCCCUGGUCAAAUGUAAUGCACUAUAUCGGGAAUAGGGUGCCAUUUGGCAGAACUGGCCUUGGGCAUAAGCAGUCGCGUAGGGCCCUACAGCCUCUUGUGAACAAAAAAGAGCUUAGUCGGGGUCUCAACAUUCUGUUAUACACAAGGUGAAAUUUGUCAAUAUAUAUUUUCUUUUAGGGGGUAGAUCAGUUUUAAUAUCGCAGAUAGAUUGUGGCUUCCAAACCCCCAUUUAUUUUUAGAUAUAUUAUACAGUACCAGUCAAAAGGGUUUUUCUUUAUAUGUUACUAUUUUCUACAUUGUAGAAUAAUAGUGAUGACAUCGGAACUAUGAAAUAACACACAUGGAAUCAUGUUGUAACCAACAGUGUGUUAAACAAAUCAAAAUAUAUUUUAUAUUUGAGAUUCUUCAAAGUAGCCACCCUUUGCCUUAAUGAUAGCUUUGCACACUCUUGGCAUUCUCUCAACCAACUUCAUGAGGUAGUCACCUGGAAUGCGUUUCAAUUAACAGGUGUGCCUUGUUAAAAGUUCAUUUGUGGGAUUUCUUUCCCUAGUGCGUUUGAGACCGUCAGUUAUGUUGUGACAAGGAAGGGGUGGUAUACAGAAGAUAGCCCUAUUUGGUGAAAGACCAAGUCCAUAUUAUGGCAAAAGCAGCUCAAAUAAGCAAAGAGAAACAACAGUCCACCAUUACUUUGUAAGACAUGAAGGUCAAUCAAUCCAGAAAAUUACAAGAACUUUGAAAGUUUCUUCAAGUGCAGUCGCAAAAUCAACAAGCGCUAUGAUGAAACUGGCUCUCAUGAGGACCCCCACAGGAAAG